GCAGCGCCAUUACUAAUGUUGAUUUACUGGAGUGAACUAUAGGUUCAUGUUCACAGUACACAAGUGCCGCUGAAUAUCAUCUAUAUGUGAUUUUACAGCUAUCUUUUAUGUACUCAUAUCUGACGACGUCCUAUAGAACCCUUGUUUCACAUGCUGUUAAUAAUUGCUGCAUCUUAUCACCUGUAAUGUUUCUCUCAAGCUGUAACUGAAUGGAAAACUCCACAGAGUUUCUGAUUUACCUGGAAUCGUCAGUAGAUACUGAUUCAACAGGAUCCACAGGAAACAUUUUAAGCUUAACACAAAAGUCUUAUUUCGAGUAAACUUCAAAAGAGUACCAGGAACUGAAGAAUUUGACAUGACCUGCUACGGGCACGUGAUGAUAUGAUUACAGAAGACCUGACUUCUUAUCAGUUAUUGGCACGGACAGGAGCUACUUGGUUUCUUCCUCCUGUUGGCAAAAGCUUCAGAGGAAUUUCCAGCUGAACAUUACUUCUGACUGGGGUGACACUAGCUAUAUAGCUUUAGUAGGUCUCUGAACACACUUUUUUGAAUCAUGCCCGGCAGUGGCGGUCCAGUUGCGACGUUCUCAGUAUGGGACUAUGUGGUGUUCGCCGGCUUGAUCCUUUUUGCUGCGGGCAUCGGCUUGUUCCAAGCCAUCCGUGGACGCAAGAAGGCCAGCAGUGAUGAGUUUCUCCUGGGUGGCCGUCAGAUGACUGCAGUGCCUGUGGCUUUGUCCCUCACGGCUAGCUUUAUGUCAGGUAUCACUGUUAUUGGCACUCCUGCGGAGGCGUAUAUGUAUGGCACACCGUUCUGGCUCUUCGUCUUCUCCUACACCAUCAUGUCCACAUUCAGCGCUGAACUCUUCGUGCCUCUGUUUUACCGGCUGAGCAUCACCAGCACAUACGAGUACUUGGAGAUGCGUUUCAACAAGCUGAUACGAGUGAUUGGAACCAGCAUGUAUAUUGUUCAAACCGCUUUAUACACAGGGAUGGUUAUCUAUGCUCCUGCACUCGCACUUAAUCAGAUCACCGGUCUGGAUCUGUGGGGAGUGUUAGUGGCAACAGGGGUUGUCUGCAUCAUCUACUGCACCCUGGGAGGGCUGAAGGCAGUGAUAUGGACAGAUGUGUUCCAGAUGAUCAUCAUGUUGAGUGGGUUUGUGGCAGUCAUCGCUCGUGGAGCUGUGCUGCAGGGGGGAUUUGCAAAGAUCUGGAAUGACAGCUAUCACGGAGGACGUUUGGAAACAUUCAGUUUUGAUCCUGAUCCUUUGAGACGUCAUAGUUUUUGGACAAUCGUUGUUGGCGGCAGUCUGAUGUGGGCAUCCAUGUACUCAAUCAACCAAUCACAGGUCCAGCGCUAUAUCUCCUGUAAGACAAUGACUCAUGCCAAACUAUCUCUGUAUUUGAAUAUGGUGGGAUUAUGGGUGACAGUGAGUUUGGCCAUGCUCUCGGGUCUCACUAUGUACUCCAUCUAUAAAGACUGUGAUCCUUUCACCAACAAAGAUGUAGGAGCUUCAGACCAGCUCCUUCCUUAUCUGGUGAUGGACAUACUAGCAGAAUUCCCUGGACUGCCUGGAUUGUUUGUGGCUGCAGCUUACAGCGGAACAUUAAGUACGGUGUCGUCGAGCAUCAACGCUCUGGUGGCUGUCACAGUGGAGGACUUCAUGAAGCCAGCAUGGCCCUGGCUGACAGAGAGACAGCUGUCCUGGAUCAACAUGGGCAUGAGUGUAUUCUAUGGAGGCGUUUGCAUCGGAAUGGCUGGUGUGGCAUCUUUGAUGGGCAAUAUACUACAGGCAGCUUUGUCUAUAUUUGGUAUGAUCAGUGGACCACUCUUGGGCCUUUAUAUGCUGGGCAUGUUCUUCCGCUGUGUGAACUCCACGGGAGGUUUAGUUGGUUUGAUUUGCGGCCUGGCUAUAACGUUAUGGGUGGGAAUUGGAGCUCAGGUGUAUCCUCCUUUACCUGAGAAAACCCUUCGGCUUUCCUUGAGUGUGGAAGGAUGCGUUGCACCGUAUAUGAAUGGAACCACCACUAUGACACCAUUCAGCACAGUCCUACAAACAACAACACCACAGCCAAGACCAGCUUUGGCAGACAACUGGUAUUCAUUGUCCUACCUGUACUUCUGCCCUGUGGGCAUAAUAGUGACCAUGGUCACAGGACUAAUAGUUAGUGCAAUCACAGGUGGCUGUAAGCAGGAGAAAGCUCGACCUGAGCUCUUUAUUGGAAAAUCAGAUCUAUUCUGCUUUGGAUGCAGAAACUCAGAGUCAGAGGUGUCGGACUUAAUUGAGAAAGAUCCCAAAAAUAUCCAAGGGCUGGAGAGUCCAGUUUUCUGUGACAAUGAAAUUGCACUGAAAGAGAAAGACCACAAGGAGAAGAUCACUAAGUUUUGAUGUGAAAAACAAACAGUUUUUGGAUACGUUGUAAAUAGUAAAUUAUGACUGUAUUUUUUCUAUGUUGAAAUUGUUAAGUGAUGAUGAUGCAUUCAAUCUUUUCAAACCUUUCCAUGAGAGAAGCAAGACAUUAAUGUUAAACGUUUUUUUUAUUUUUAUGUCAGUAGGCUACAUUAUACUGUAUAUGGGCUUUUCUCAUAAACUAUAUCAAAAUUCUGUGAUUUUAAUGAUCAAGUUUUGAAUACUGUAAAAGGUUUUGUAAUAAAUCUGAAUUGUUUUGAAAUAAAAUUUGACAAAUAA